AUGGUUAAUGUUUCAGAACCAUUCGAUCAACCAGCUGGACCACCACGUUUCCUGAAAUGUCUGCGCG